AUGUCAACAGACUCCGUCAACGCACCAACACUCUCCUUCCCGCCUCCAGGACCUAUCCUGCCUCCACUUCCUGACUCCUACAUCGUUCCAAAACUCACCGACGACUUCAACAGCAGCGACCUUCGUUGGUAUCUUCAAACCGCCGUUAACGAACCCAACUUCCGUCCCAAGGAGGGUUUCGGGUCUCUGAACGCCUCAAUUCGCACCCGCGAUCACAUCGCACAGGAAUUCGACGGGCUGCACGGUUAUUCACUGACCCUUUACUGUCUAGCCUGCAAUCCCUUGGAUAACGUGCUAGCCAACGAUGAAGAAGAAGUUUGGCGCGCGUGCAACAAUGACAUGACUAAUGCAAAGGCUACUGUUGCGACUAUUCCAAACUCUGAGAUGUGGCAGCCUUAUUCAGAUCUAAGAAUCAGGGUACCGACAUUGGAUCCCUCCACGCACACUAUAGGUAGUGCAAACGAUGAUCGCAUCAACAUGAGGGUGUGCAUGACUGUGCUGUGGCUCAAUAAAAACUUCACAUAUAUAGACAACAAGGACAACUUUGUCCGUAGCCAGUUAUUUCUGGUGCGAGACCAGCUUCAUGACGAAGGACAGUCCUCGGAGACUGACUACAUUCCGUACGUCUAUAAUGCGACAUAUCCCCUUGGAACGACUAUCAGGCAACACUUCACCAUUCCACUGGCUGCAUCAUCAACCCGUAUGUAUCACCCUGCCGAUCUUUGUAUUAGUGUUGGAAGAUCCGAUUCCUGCCAUGGUGAUGCCGCCUGGGAUCAUUGGCCGAUCGGUAAACGUUUUGGCGUGACUAUCGGCGGGGUGGCGGGGGCCGCGCUUGUGCUGUGGUUGGUCCGGCGGUUCUGUGAACGCACACGCUGGGCAAAUGUGAGGCAGAAACCGAGGCCGAUGUUGCUUAGUGAGUUACGAGCCCAACAGCGCGAAAGAGAAGGACAUAACACCGAUGAAGAGAGAGAUGUUGGAGCGAUAAGACGCGGACCAAGAGAGGAACCCCAAGCUAUUGCUGCAGGACGUAAUGGGAUUGUAGAUGAAGGAGAAAUAGACAAACCGCCGCCUGGAUACCAUGAGGUGGUGAACGAUCAAGAGCGAAUUCUCGCGACAUAUGCGACUCAAAGCCACCUUACUAUGCCUGCUCCUUUCUAUGAACCACCGGGUCGCAAUUCAGACUCUCUAUCUGCGCACACUAUCUACACGCCACCAGCUGCCUCACUUCCACAGUACACACCUGCUGCUGGGGUAGUAUACUAUCCGCCACCUCCAGAUCGGUAA